AUGCCUCUCACUCAAGUGGAGGAUGGUGUCCUCCCUUGCAGGAACUGCUCAUUGAAUAUGGAGCUGAAUGAAACUCAGGAGCUUUUUGGAAACCCCACAUCUGAUUAUGAUGAAGAAGAAUUCCUGCGGUACCUGUGGAGGGAAUAUUUAUACCCCAAAGAAUAUGAAUGGGUUCUGAUUGCUGGAUAUAUUAUUGUGUUUCUUGUGGCGCUCGUAGGGAACAUCCUUGUUUGUGUUGCAGUAUGGAAAAACCAUCACAUGAGAACAGUUACCAAUUACUUCAUAGUAAACCUCUCCCUGGCUGAUGUCCUUGUCGCCAUCACUUGUCUUCCAGCAACUUUACUGGUGGAUAUCACAGAGACCUGGUUCCUUGGUGAUGGCCUUUGCAAGGGGAUUCCUUAUCUACAGACUGUGUCAGUCUCUGUUUCUGUGCUGACUCUCAGUUGCAUUGCAUUGGAUCGAUGGUAUGCAAUUUGUCAUCCUUUGAUGUUCAAAAGUACAGCCAAACGGGCUCAGAACAGCAUCAUCAUUAUCUGGAUUGUGUCCUGCAUAAUAAUGAUUCCCCAGGCCAUUGUCAUGGAGUGCAGCAGUGCGUUUCCAGCAUUAGCCAACAAAACCAUCUUAUUUACUGUCUGCGAUGAGCACUGGGGAGCUGAAAUCUAUCCCAAACUGUAUCACACCUGUUUUUUCUUGGUAACAUACUUGGCUCCCCUGUGUCUUAUGGGACUGGCCUAUUUACAGAUAUUUCAAAAGCUGUGGUGCCGACAGAUUCCAGGAACUUCAUCAGUGGUUCAGAGAAAGUGGAAGUUGCUGCAGUCUGGAUCACAGACCGGAGGGCUAAAGACGUCAGCAAAUUUGAGGAUUAGUGCUGUGACAGCUGAAAUCAAACAGAUUCGAACCAGAAGAAAAACAGCACGUAUGCUCAUGGUUGUUCUCCUGGUUUUUGCUCUCUGUUAUCUCCCAAUUAGCAUUCUCAACAUACUGAAAAGGGUAUUUGGGAUGUUCAACAAUGCCAGUGACAGAGAAAGCGUAUAUGCCUGGUUUACCUUCUCCCACUGGCUUGUCUAUGCAAACAGUGCAGCAAAUCCAAUUAUUUAUAAUUUUCUCAGUGGGAAGUUCCGGGAAGAAUUCAAAGCAGCUUUUUCUUGCUGCUGCUUUGGUGUUAGCCGCUGCCACCACCACCGCUGCGACCAUGGUCAGCGAGUCAGAGGACAGAUAAACACUGAAAGCCGAAAAUCCUUGACCACUCAAAUCAGCCAUUUUGACCAUGGAACAAAGAUCUCAGAGCAUGUUGCACUGACCAAUAUAAGCACGCUGCCAGUGAAUGGCUCUGCACCGAUUCACGCCUGCUAGCCUACUUCCUUCUGGGUUGAUCAGCACCUUUGUCAGCAGAAUCUGAACCAGGUCACUACAGACUGAAUUGGAACAUCAGACUGUGAACUGACUGAAAGCCACACGAAAA